AUCGCCAAACAAUUAUCAAUGCGUUAAAUACUAUGAACCCGCGUUAUACCAGUGAUUACCUGGAUAUAGUCUAUUGCCCUAAUAAUAGCUACACGAAUAAGCUUAUGGAGAAAGCGGGUGACUAUUUCGCCACAAAAUAUCGGCACAGAUUAAGUAUGCGUACAAUUGGUGUGGAUAGCGAGCAAACACUGUUAUCCCAUAUAAAACAUUUGGUGCUAGAUGAGAAACGUAAGUUGCGAGAUAUGGUGGCCGUUGAUUUUGGUAGUGAUUGGGAACAGGUACAGUUAGGUCACGGCGAUACUACUGAUAGCCGACCACCCGGGCAACUUCACUACUCAUUGAGUAUCACCGACGCUGUCUACUGGAAUGGCGACGACUAUAAUAAUUAUUUAAUACAAUCGCAAAACCGAUUGAAAUCAUUCAUACGAUUCCCAAAC